UAGUGAGAGUGAAGCUGUUGCCUUUCCAUCAGACUGUGGCGCACUUGCAGUGUUAUUCAUGAGGCGGGAAGUCUGCGAGGGAUUCCUGGGAUGUCUCCAAGCAACCAGAACCUGACGCAACCCUCCCGCCCCUCCUCCGGCAGCUCUCUGCUCACAAACAAGAGGAGCGUGGAGCUGUGAGGUGGAUGAUAUGAGAGAGGGAGCCGGCUGCAGAUGGUGUUCACUGAUGUGGCGGCUUGGAUCCAGGCUGGAGGACUGCACGGUGAGCUGCAGCAGAGGGACUCACACAAGCUCUAAAGAUACUUCAAAACACCAAUGGAGGGUUUACGGAGCUUUUGAAGAUUGACUUUCUGGACAAAGAGCAGAGGGAGUGGACGCAGCAAGGACAAAAACCUAACUAUGGUCAUUUGUAACACUGAAAGAGGCCACCAAUGACGAGCAGAUAUCUCUUUUCAUUUUGACACAUUUUUUGAGGAGCUUUUCUUUACAGAUUAAUAAUGGAUGCUCCCUCAGCUCCUCAGAUUACUGUGGACAAGUCUAAUGUCCUGGAGGAAGAAGAAUGUGGGAAAGAUCUGCCCACAGAUGACCAUCUCAUGAACUUGAAGGCCCUGACGGAGAAACUAAGACUGGAGACCAGGAGGCCUUCGUACCUGGAGUGGAAAGCCCGACUCGAGGCGGACAGUUUCAGAGAGUCUGGAACUGGAAAAGGCUCAAUCAAAGUGGAGCCUGAGGGGAAACUGGUCACCCCCAAAGAGACUGUGGUGAAGUCUGAUGUGAUUCAGCGCAAGUUGCCGUCGGGUGUACCGAAGGGAUUUGAGAACAUCGAUGAAGCACUCAGCUGGCUGAGGAGAGAACUGACAGACAUGCGCUUGCAGGACCAGCAGCUGGCGAGGCAGCUCAUGCGGCUCCGCAAUGACAUCAACAAGCUGAAGAUAGAGCAGACGUGCCACCUGCAUCGCCGGAUGCUCAACGACGCCACCUUCGGCCUCGAGGAGCGGGACGAGCUGUCGGACCUGCUGUGCGAAUGUCCGGUCACCCCGGGGCUCGGCCUCUCUGCCCCGCUGAGACUCAUCGGCGUCACCAAGAUGAACAUUAACUCUCGCCGCUUCUCGCUCUGCUAGUGGCUGUGAUGUCACUUCAGGGAGAGAACAAAGCUGCCUGUCUAAUACUACCUUUGCUCCAGUGCAACAUGACAGCCCUGGCCAUUUGUUAGAUUGUGGUGAAGUCUUACUGACCACAACGUUGGGAGGAUGGCCCGAGAUGUAAACCCUGUUUUACUGCCUCUAUAAUUACAGAGAGAGAUUUAGGUAAUGUAUAUUAUUUAGACACAAGGAUUUGAGUGUAGUAGGUACAUAUAUAGUGUGUUUGCCACUAAACUAUACAUGGCAGCUAUAUACAGAAACCUCUGUCUUAAAACCACAGCACAUUUUAGACCUUUAGAGCAUCGUGACUUCAAACAGAAUACUUUUUAAACUCCAGUUAAACAAUCUCAGCUUAUUCCUGUCCACUUUUUUAAGCCUUAUCAGUCACACUGUUACAGUAACCCAAAAUGUUUCCAUAUACUGUUGCUUGUUUGUAGGGGCUUUCAUGGUUUCUAUCAACAAGCCAAGAUUUAUUAAGGACAGAUUAAAUAUUUAAAUAAAUUCUUACUGCUUAGAGACGACUCUGUACACUCUUAGAAAUAAGGGUUUUAAAAGGGAUCUUCCUGAAGGGCUGAGGUGCAACCCAGAACCAUAUGCUCCUGAAGAACCUUGAAAGAAAGAAACAUAAUUAUGUAGGCUUAUCUUCCAUUUUGAUAUGAGUCCAUAACCGGUCCCAAGGUGAUACUCCUUUCUCCUGAUUGCCAUUUAUUCUACUGAGCAUACAUUCAGAAGAUGCUAUUUCCACCACUGCAUGGCCCCAAGGUAUUUUCACAUUAUCUUAUCUGGCUCCCUUUCAGAAAAGUUUGGGGACACGCUUAAGAACGCUCCAGUUGGCACCUUUAUUUCUGAGAGUGUUUGAUGUUUUCAGUGACGGAUUUUUUUUUUUUAAAUUUUCCUUCCAUAUACUGUAUCUUAAUCUAAAUGUUUUGUGCUUAAGAUGCCUUAAUAGUGAUACAGAUUGUACACUAUAAUAUCCCAAUGAGUUAGUGUGUAGAAUCAAUUUAGCAAACACUUCUUUUUGUAGAAUAUGAUGAAAUGAUUUAUCCUUUGUAAUGAUUGUCAUA